AUGGAUAUAAAUCAAUAUUUUUCACGUGACAGUAUCUUUAACGAUGACAGCGAACUUUCUGAUUUACCAGAUGACAGUGGUUCUUCAUUCCUACCAAGCACAGAGGAAAAAGACGUGUAUAUUCCACGACUAAAUCUUCGAGACCUUCAGAGUUGUCAUUCUAAAUACUCUGAACAAGAGGAGGAUUCGAAGUCUUCAGCAAAAUCCGUAUAUAAAUCUGAAUCAGGAGUUUCAAAGAAUCCAACAAUCAGGAUAAAAAACACUGAAAAUGACUUCCUAGAUCUGGGUUUAUAUGAUACCCCACCGCCCCCUCUCCCAAUAAAGAAAAGACGUACAUUUAAUGGCUCGGGAAUUGAGGGAGGAAUGUACAGACAGUCAGAGGGUGGUCAAUAUAAAAAAAGAGGAAGCUGUCCAGGUUUCACUGGGACGUGGGAAAGAGAUUCCCUACUACACAAGAAGUACGAUAAUCUUCUAGCCAAUGAGGGUUUAGAGUACUCAGAGUUUGAGGAUGUAUCCAGAAGCAUUUUAAGUAAGAGCAAAGUACUAGAAUUUCACAACCGUAUUUAUCCUUAUGCAAAUGAUCUAAAAGUCGACAACACAACAACACAAAAUAAAAGAGAUUCGAAAUUACAUAACACAAGGUCCGAAAUUAGCAUUAGGGAUAGAGAUAUUCGGUCACCAGUCUGUUCCAGAGAUGAGCGAAGUGGUGGAAAUCUCUUGGAAUUGGAGUCUACAUUUUGUGUUCCCGCGGGCUGCUCUGACGUGUCCUCGAUAAUACCAUAUGAUUCUGGGAAAUGCUGGGUAGCGACGAAGGCUUCAAAGAGCAUACUCCUGUAUGACAGAAAUGGGGACUUAAUGGACUUUGUUGAUGUUGGCUGUCCAGUGGACUCCCUAGCAACUGACAAAGAUGGGAAUGUGUUCAUGUCAUGUCCGGAUUUGAAACAAGUUCGAAUGUUUGACCGUCGCCGACAGAUGAGAACAUUUCUGGAUAAUAUACAAUGCCCCAUUAGUAUCGCAUACACUCGACUGGACGACUCUAUACUAGUAUGGAGAAACAACAAGAUAGCUAACGACCUUACAAUGAAGGCAUGCAAUCCAUUGAGAAAAUAUCCAAUCCGUAGGCCAAAGUCAAGUAAACCACGGGAGAAAAAUGUAGCUGAAAAUAUGUGUGGCAAUCCUUUUCAAGUCUGUGUCAAUGUUAAUGAUGACUGCAUCGUGUCUGAUUUUGCUCAACGAACAAUCACGGUUUUGGACCGCUUAGGAAGAAUUCGCUACACCUUCAAGUCAUCCAAAGACUUUCCCAUUCGAAAAUGUCAUUCCCUUUGUUGCGAUAAAAAAGGAAAAAUUUACAUUUUUUGGAAAGGUAAUCCGAACGUCUGUGUACUGGAACCAGGUGGCAAUAUCAAACAUAUAUUUUCCUGCUGUGAUCUCAUUAAUGAAUCCGUCUUUACUUCUGUCUUUGAUUCUGACGAUUAUUUGUGGGUGGCUUGCAUGGACGGAUUCAUUAAAAUUUUUAGAAAAUAUUAA